UAAAGUAUUUUGCUAUAAUUUCCUUCUUAUUCCAGGUCAAGUACAUAUAGCCACAGCUCUGGAUGGUACUACCCUGUUCUGCUGUCCAGAAUGUCAUAUGGCUUAUCCAGAGAAAGAAUUGCUUGAACAGCAUCUGGUAGGCCACAAGAUAGAGAGACGGUUUAUUUGUGACAUAUGUGGGGCUGGCCUGAAACGGAAGGAGCACUUAGAAAGGCAUAAACUUGGGCAUAAUCCAGAAAGACCUUUCGUUUGUUCGGUCUGUAUGAAGGGUUUCAAAAGGAAAGAGCAUCUGAACCUACAUUUUGUUAUACAUUCAGGAGAGAAGACAGAAAUUUGUGGGGAGUGCGGUAAGGGAUUUUAUAGGAAAGAUCAUUUGCGGAAACAUGCUAGGGCACACAUUACCAGGCGAGCUAAGGAACAAGCAGAGCAAGCAGAAAGAGCUCAAGGUUUGCUAACCAAGGAUCCUCAGCUCUCGGCCAGUACUGGUACAGCACAAGUUACCAUCAGCGUUGGCGGAGUUCCAAACUCUCAGAUUCAGAUUCCUGUCCAAAUACAGGUACCACAGCAUCAUAUACAAGUAGCUGGUGCAAACGAAGAAGAUAGUGAGAAUGCUGUAAGUACUGUAGUCUUGCCAACAGCAUCGGACGGUCUUUCUAUAUUGCCCAACUAAGGAACAAUAUAUUUUUUAAUUAGGUGAACAUAGUUAUUUUUAUAAUAUUCAAUCAGAGAAUAUAAAAUGAAUUUUUAUUUUGGUAAAUAUUUGACCUAGGUUAUUAUACGUUAGAUUCUUUUACCUAAAUUUUAUGUAAAUAGACAUAUGUAAUUUAUUCACUACAUAACUUGUGCUGAUUCAAUAAAUGGUACUUGAUUUGAAGAAUUUUUUUGAAAACAUGUCCAAAAAUAUAUAUUUGUUUGUAUAUUUUGUUCAGUAUUAACACUUAAUUGAGAUAAAAUUCUUCACAUCGACUUUCAUUUCCUAUUAGGAGUUGAUCAUAAAACAAGCUGCCUUUUAUUAACAUCAGUGUUGGGAAAAAGAUAUAUUAAUUUUGAGUUGCUCCCGCAGGAAAGUCUUCAUCGUGGUUCAUUUGCAGUAGAAACUCCAGUUGAGCAAAAUAUAUUUAAUAAAAUAAAUAUGCUAUGCCAAAAAAUGAACAUUCAGGUAAAAACAAAAAAGUAUUUUUUAUGUUUUUUUUGGCCGAAAAUUGUGUAAUUUUCAAUAUAAAUGAAGAACAGUCAUUCAUUAGAAAAUAAGUACCAAUAAUUUGUUUUGGAUUUGUAAUUUUUACACGUUGAAACUAAACAGAAUUGAUUUUUUGGAAGUAUAUUUUUCUUAUUUUAAUAUUUCUAAAUUGGCCUGAAAAACUUUUUACCAACACUGAUAAAUGAUUAAAUCCUUUUGUUCUGUAAUUGCAGAACACCUUUUAGUGUAUAGAGAUUAGGUUUUGGGUUUGUUAUUAAUUCUCAGAAUUUUCGUCCAUGUCUAUUUCAGUUUUGAAUAGAUAUAAUUUUUACAUUACUGAAUUGUAUGGAAUUUGGUUCAGCUCUCUGUAGUUUAUGUACAAUAUUAAUCGACACCAACAUUUUUUUUACACUGGAUACCUGUCAAAACCCACAAUUACAUUAUUUCCACACGAUUAUUUGUUUGAAAAGGUUUAUGCAAUCAAGAAAUUUUGGCUAACAUGUUGGGCAUUUGGGAAUAGGAUAUUCAAAAAGAGGCUGUAUGGGGGAGGAAAAUGUGGGUUUUGGGAGUUAUAGCAAACAAAGUCUGGUAUCUAACAAAUUUUCAGACUGGUAAUGUGAACCUUUCGAGUUUAAAUAGAGAAUAUCUAUUCUUAGAACUACAAAUCAAAUUGUCAAAAUUUCAUUCCAACUAUUGGUAAACUCA